AUGAAAGCAUCCGCUAUUCUGCUGGCCGCUCCGGCCCUCCUCUUCCAGAAUACUGUGGCUCUCCCGUGCAAGGACCCAUCGGCGGAUUGUGGUGUCGCCGGCUGGACCGGCACAAAGGUCGCUCGUCAGAACGCCGUCCCGUCCGCAUUUCCUGGGGCAGAAGGCUUUGGCAAAUAUGCAGUCGGGGGCCGUACUGGCCAGGUCUACAAGGUCGUCAAUCUCAACGAUUCCGGUGCCGGGUCCCUCCGUGACGCCGUCUCCCAGCCCAACCGCAUCGUCGUCUUUGACGUUGGUGGUGUCAUCAAAAUCUCUUCUCGCAUCGUGGUUUCAAAGAACAUCUAUAUAGCUGGGCAAACAUCGCCCUCAAGUAUUACCGUCUACGGCAACGGCUGGAGCUUUUCCAAUGCCAACGAUGCCAUCGUCCGCUACAUCCGUAUUCGCAUGGGCAGAGGCGGAGACAGCGGUAAGGACGCUAUCGGCAUCGCCGAAGGCAAAAACAUGAUAUUCGAUCAUGUGUCCGCCAGCUGGGGCCGAGAUGAGGUGUUCUCUAUCAAUGGAGACAACGCGCAAAAUAUCAGCAUCACCGACUCUAUUAUUGCCCAGGGCCUCCAGACGCACUCUUGUGGCGGUCUAAUACAGACAGAUAAAGGCGUCUCGCUAUUCAGGAAUGCCUACAUCGACAAUAACACUCGCAAUGCUAAAGUCAAAGGCGUCAACGACUUCCAAAACAACGUGGUUUAUAACUGGGGAGUCGCAGCCUACAUUGCUGGAGACAGCGCAGGUGCCAGCUAUGCGAACAUUCAGAACAACUACUUUAUUUCAGGAAGUGCUACGUCGGGCAAACCUGUGACACGCGGAAACGCGAACUUUCGGGGGUAUGUCAAGGACAACUUCUACGACGCCAACCGUGACGGCGUCCUUGAUGGCGUUCCCCUCUGCGUCUCCAGUACCUGCUACUCGGACAUGGCUAUUCAGACUAGCCCCUUCAAUUACCCUGGGCCUGCCAAGCUCCUUUCUGCUGCUGACGCAGUAAAACACGUCAUUGCUAAGGCUGGUGCUUCUAUCACCCGCGACAGUGUCGACAUCGCCCUUAUCAAGGAGCUCGAGUCGUACGGAAAGUCUGGCAAGCUUAUCUCCAAUGAGUCUGAAAUGGGAGGCGUCGGAACCAUUGCGGCCGGCACGGCCAAGAAGGAUACUGACGGCGACGGUAUUCCUGACGAGUAUGAGUCUGCGAACGGUCUCAACCCUAACGACGCGUCUGAUGGUAUGAAGAUUGGGGCCGGCGGUUACACGAACCUUGAGAUCUACGUCAACUCACUGGUUCCUUCUGUCUACUGA